CCCCCCUUUCAACUUCAAAUGGGGGGUUCAAGCGUCCUCCGGUUAACGAGUCUCGAGGCUGUUUAUAUAAGUAUUCAAAUAUUCUGUUCUAUUCUUUUCUAAGAACUUUGAGGUUCUUUCAAGUGCAUAAUUCCUAUUGAAUUUUUGUAUUUGAAAGCCCGUUAUUAGUGGUCAUUUUAAACAUGUCUCUCGGGGUACCUGUUAAAAUACUCCAUGAAGCAGAAGGGCACAUAAUUACUUUGGAAACGAACACCGGCGAGGUGUAUCGCGGUAAAUUGAUAGAAGCCGAAGAUAAUAUGAACUGUCAUAUGGCUGAUAUUACAGUUACAUAUAGAGACGGAAAAGUAGGCAAAUUGGAAAAUAUGUACAUCAGAGGUAGUAAAAUCAGGUUCUUUAUUUUGCCGGACAUGUUGAAAAACGCACCUAUGUUCAAAAAAGCUGGUGCCAGAGUCGGUGCCGGAAAUCGUGGAAAGUCCGCAAUUCUUCGAGCACAAGCUGCUCGAGGGCGUGGACGGACCAAGACAAUUUUUCCACGACGUAAUUGAACUGUUUCAUCAUUUGUACCAAUUCUCAUCAUUCAUCAUUUUUUCAAACUAUUUUUCCCUGCUGUAAUUACUGUAAUGUUUUUAUUGUCAAUUAAUAAGCUGGAUUAGUUUUAU